ACCCAAAAUGUCUGUUUUCGGCAAAGAGUUUGAACAAAUUUGGCCCGUAACAACUUACAAUAGAACUUUAACAAAAUUUGGUGAAAAACUUUUACGCAAAUUUCAAAAGACUAAAUUUCAUAAAAGAACCGUAAAUUUAGAACAAUUUAAACAAAAUUCUCAAAAAUUUCCCAUAGAGUUUCCUAUAGAUAGCUGUCGUGUGAAAUCUCAACCUGUAGAACGUCAUUUGUUUAUAAAAGAACAAAUUGCCUCCGCCUAUCCGUUGAUACAUGAAAAAGUUCUGUAUUUAAUUAUUGAUUUUUUAGAACAUAAAUUGCGAUAUGGUUCUCCCUGCGAGCGUAAACUUUAUAAAAAUAUAUCGAUCUGCGAAUUCGUACAACGUUUGUUAACCAAAAGAUGUGUCAGUUUUGUGGGUACCGAUGAUGAUUUUUUGCUGAUAACAGGAGCUACGGGUUUUGGACGCCAAUAUCUGAAAGUGGGCACUCCAGAAGAAAGAGAGCCUUUAAUAUUGGCAAAUGUUUUAAGUUAUGAUGAAAUAAAGAUUUCGGCCCUUCUGUCGGUUUCCUCCAAAACCGAAUUCAUUAAUGAUGGCGAUCGCUAUAAUAAAGGUUUACGCGAACAAGAUUUAAAUAAAAUCGAGCGAGAGGGCUUGGUAAUAGGCAUGAUAGGGGCACGUUUUGAACGAAAAGAAGUCAUGGAGUUUCAGGAUAUCACAAUAACCAGACAACAAAAUACUAGGGAGAAUGGUUAUGGUGAAGCAAUGGAUAAACCUCAAAGAAAUUUAAGCCUUUUGGAAGCUUUAAAUCCUUUAAGAAAAGUCAAAACUUUAGAAAAACUGCAAGAUUAUCGCCGACUUUGGAAUAAAUUCUAUGAGGAGGAAGAUCAUUUGUAUGAUAAGGUCACCAAGGAUAAUUUACGUUUUGGUGAUACUCUUAACUGUCUGGUUAUAUUCGAUAAUGUUAUGAUGAAAAAACGUUAUGCUAUUUCAUUUGAUUUACUGCUAUUGGAGGCUAAUCAACGAGCCCGCCCCGGUUGCGCCUAUUUACAUGUGGUGGGUUUUGGUUUGGGUGUUUGGCGUGCAGCGGUCCAGCAGGAACAAAUUUUUAUGGAAUGUUUCUAUGAACGUCUGAAUUAUUUACUACCUUUGCUAAAUAAUAUUGGUGUAGUGCAUUUCUAUUUUAAUCUUAUGGAAUGUGGAGAGUUGAAAGAUAAUGGAUUUAUAGCUUCUCACGGACAUCCUAAAGGGGGGAUAAAGAUUUGUAUAUCGAAAAGGAAUCCGAAUGAGAAAUUGCCUGCGGAAUACGAGGACAUGUUGCUGGUCGUUUCAUAUGCCUGGGAUGGUAAUGCCUUACCGGGUAAUGAAUUUUGGUUGGGCAGCCUAAGCGCCUCCAAUGAUCCUUCCACUGCCUGCAGUACUUUAAUCUCUGAACUUCAUAAUCCCCACAUUAAUACAGACUUUGUUUGUGGAGAAAAUCUUCAUAUAGCCACUUAUGAUAGUAAUAUAAUCCAUGUUUAUGAUUUUGCGAAAAAAGUAUUAAAAUAACAACAGAGUUUAAGUUGUAAAAUAACGAUUUUUAAUGGCAAAAUACAAAAAAAAAAAAUAUUUAUUUAAAACAUAUAGUUGGACUAUACUGUAGU